GUAAAGUUGACUAUUGAAAAGCGUGUUUCAAGAGACACUAUUUAAGAGAGAGAGAAACGAAUCAGAAAGGGAGGGGGAAAAGAGGAAAAGAACAAUGCUAAUUGUUUGCGACUUUUUUUGCUUCAAGUGUCAUUAGAUUUUGUAAGACCGUGCUUCAACAUGGAUAAGGACACGAGCGACAUGAAGCAAAACCCAAGGGAGACCGCGAAUAUCUUCAGUGCUCUAUUCUUUUGGUGGAUGCGUGAAAUAUUUAUGAUAGGUGUUAAGCGUGAUUUGGAGGAAUCUGACAUUUAUCGACCACUUAAAGCAGACGAAUCCGAAAAACUGACCGAUCAUCUUGAGAAAUACUGGAAUCGCGAACUCGAUAAACUGGAAUACACCAUGAGCAAAGCCGGACAGAAAGUGCCAUUGAAAAAGAACGCCCGUCCGAGGUUAUACAAGGCUAUCUGUAACGCCUUUUGGUUGCCAUAUUUUAUAGUCAUAUUUUGCACAUUUAUCCAGAGCAGUGUAGUACGCAUGGCAAUACCGAUCUUUCAAAGUUUGGUCAUCGAUUACUUUGCCAGAGAUUCCACCGUGAAGAACAAAACAGAAAUGGACAAUGUACUGAUCUAUGUUGCAUUUCUUGUCAUUUUGAAUGUCAUCGAAGCUAUAAUUACACAACAUGCAACAAUGCAGUCGCAGCAAAUCGGCAUGAGAAUACGCGUCGCCUGCAACUCCCUCCUCUAUCGGAAGUUAUUACGAUUAAAUAGAGCAUCUAUGAACCAAAUCAGUACUGGACAUAUCAUGAAUCUUCUCAGCAAUGACGUUGCUUGCUUCGAUGAAUUAGCAAUAUAUCUGUGUUAUAUAGUGAUCUUACCAAUUCAGUUAGUGAUCAUAGGAACCAUAAUGUGGCAAAAAAUCGGCAUUUCGGUUCUUGUUGGCAUCGGAUCGAUGUUGUUUAUUGCCGUAAUAAUACAUGGAUCUUCCAGCUGGUUAAGUCGCCGAAUCAGAGCCAUGAUCGCGCCACUGACGGACCGAAGAGUGCAGCUGAUGAGUGAACUGGUAGCUGCGAUACAGGUAGUAAAGAUGUAUGCCUGGGAAAAAUCGUUCAGCAAGAUCGUGUCAAACACUAGAAAGAUGGAAAUCAAGAGGAUCAAAAUUUCAUCGUUCGUGCGCGCCGUAUAUUUGGCCACCAUUUGGUUUACCGAGCGAUUGAACCUCUACUUCACCCUGAUAACAUUUGUUCUAAUGGGAAAUGAUAUGACUGCCAAUGUGACUUACGAAAUAUCAACAUACUUUUUCUUUCUUCGAAUAACUGCCGGGCAUUACUUUCCGUUUGGGCUGAUAACAUUGAGCGAAUCGAUGGUGUCUAUAAAACGAUUGGAGAACUUUCUGCUGAUGGACGAAGUGAAUAGGGGAUGUUUGGAAACGGUGCCGCAGUUACAAUCUAAAUCUCAGAAACCAAACGAAACAAUUAAUAAGGAGAAUCAAACAGAGAGAUACAUCUCGAAAGAUAGAAGUAUCAAACUUUCCGAGUUUCAGAAAUUAUCUGAUCUUCCAGUUUACGUAAAGCUUCAGUGCGUUUCUGUCAAUUGGAUCAGCGGCCAAUUGCCGCCGACUUUAUGUGAUAUCAAUUUAACUAUCGAACCGGGCCAGUUGUGCACUGUGGUCGGCGCUGUGGGCUCCGGUAAAUCGUCCUUGCUAUAUCUGCUAUUGAAGGAACUAAAUAUUGACUCUGGUUCCGUGAUUCUCACUCAGAACUCCUCCAGGUCUAACUUUCAGGACAAUUUGUCUGAUGGUUACUUUACGAGCAAUUCAAAUUUGCGCAUAUCUUAUGCUAGUCAGGAGCCCUGGCUAUUUGAUGGUACUGUGAGGGAAAACAUACUGUUUGGCCAGUCUUAUGACAAGGCCAGGUACAUGCAGGUGACAAAUGUAUGCGCCUUGACAAAGGAUUUCCAACAGUUUCCGCAGGGAGACAUGACGUUGGUCGGCGAUAAAGGUGUAUCAUUGUCCGGAGGUCAAAGAGCGCGAAUCAAUCUCGCAAGGGCGGUUUACCGACAGGCAGAUCUUUAUUUGCUUGAUGAUCCCUUGAGUGCGGUGGAUACUCGCGUUGCUAGGCAUCUCUAUUGGAAGUGCAUCAUCAAAUAUCUUCACGGUAAAACGAGGAUACUCGUUACUCAUCAGUUGCAAUUUCUCAAACCGGCAAAUCACAUUGUCGUGCUCGAUCGAGGUUUUGUGAAGAUGCAAGGAAGCUAUAACGAAUUAGUACAGUUAAAUAAAGGUUUCAUUAAGAUGAUGGACAAUUUGUGUCACAAUGCGCAGAAAAAGGGAAUAGACUCGAGAGCCUCGGAAAUGAGAAGAAUCACGAGACGAGACUCGGAAUUAUCGACCGCAAGUUCUACUCACUCGGAUAUCGAUGUUUCGGAUUUUAUGAAGAACAACCCAGAAGCCGAAACAAUGGCACACGGUCGUGUAUCCGGCAGAGUGUACAAGGAGUAUCUGCAUCACGGCGGCAACUACUUCAUCUUAUUUAUGCUGCUGCUGAUUUUUUUUAUCAGUCAGAUCGCCAUCACCGGGAGUGAUUACUGGCUCUCAUACUGGACCACUUUGGAAGAAGUCAGACGUAUAGGAAAUAUUAGUGACAAACAGUUCGAGAAUAUGUACAAUAAUAGCUUUCUUGGGUCGAUAUUCACACUAAAUCCAGACGGCCUGCUCAGCACUAUAGAUGCCAUAUACGUAUACACAUUUUGCAUCAUCGCCUGCACAGUUACCAUACUGUUUGGCAGCUUUUUCUUUAUGAAGGUUUGCAUGAACUCGAGCUGCAAUCUUCACAACACCAUGUUCUUCAAUCUGCUGCAAGCGCGCAUGUCUUUUUUUCACACCAAUCCUUCCGGAAGAAUUUUAAACAGAUUUUCAAAGGACAUAGGCACCAUAGACGAGUUGCUGCCCAAAAAGAUGUUAGAAACAAUUCAGAUAUUUUUUGCAGUUUGCGGUGUAAUGAUAAUGGAAAUGAUAAUUAAUCGAUGGAUGCUGAUACCGACAGUGAUUCUGAUCGUUCUAUUUUUCUUUGUGACAAAGUUCUACUUAAAAAUCAUCCAAAGUAUUAAACGUCUCGAUGGCGUAACAAAGAGUCCAUUGUUCUCACACGUGAAUGCCACCCUAAACGGUCUACCGACAAUCAGAAGCAGUGGCGUCGAAGAGAUGAUCCGAAAGCAAUUCGACUUGAUCCAAGACCGUCACAGCGGCACAUGGUACCUCUUCUUAUCGUGCUCGUCGUCCUUCAUUGUCUUUAUGAAUUUAAUUAUGUGCCUGUUCCUCGCUUGCAUUUGCUUCUCCCUAAUACUGGUGAAUGAGAAUGACAGCGUAGACAACAGCAAAGCAGGUCUCGCUAUAUGGCAAUCGUAUCUGAUUAGUAUCUUAGCAUACGGCAUAAAAGAGUCUAUUGAAACGAUGUCGCUGAUGACCUCUGUAGAAAGGAUUCUUGAAUAUUCAAGUCUUCCUCAAGAGGAAUCCAUCAUCUCGGAGAAUCAGC